GCAUCCCAUUAAGCCUCUGACCCUUAUUUUGAAAAUUCAGCGCACACAGAGGGGAAGUCCAAACAACAUCUGCAGCAUCCGGCCGUUUUCCCUGAGCAGGUGAGCCGCUCUUCGGCUUCAAAAACGGUGUAGUUGUCUACAGAAAGCUGGAGGUCGCUGGAUCUCACCCUCCCGGCCUUACGGAGCUGCUGCUGCUGAGAUUUGCGCUCGUUUCCCCGCCAGAAUGAGCAGCUUGAAGGGGUUCCAGUCCCAGCUGUCGUCCAUCAUGGAGGCGCUGACCCGAGCCGCGGUGGCGGAGAUCUGCGGGCUGGUGGAUGACGGCUACGCCGUCCUGCAGCUGGAGAUCUCCCGCAGCCGCAAGGAGAACGAGGCGCUGCGGUCGAAGCUGGAGCUCAUCGAGUCCAUCAUCGCUCGGGGCAGCCGCCGGAGGGACGGCGGGCCGGAGGAUGCUGCAGCCGAGUUGGAAGCUGAAGCAUCUCUACAGCAGGUAAAACCCUCCAGCUUCAGAGGGCAUGGAUCCGUUCCUGCAGAGGACUCUGCUCCAGCUGCUGCGGAGGAGCCGAUCCAAAUGGAUCAGGACAUUGUUGUGAUCAAAGAGGACACAGAGGAGGAGAAGGACGACUCGCUGCUCCUGCAGGAGGACGGAACGGAGGCAGAACCGGGCCUCCCUGUGGGGCAGGAGGGCCCGUGCGGGAGGAAGAUCUCCGACAUGCGGUGUUGGGACCAGAGCAGCUCCUGCAGCGGGCGGCCGUCCCCGGGCCCGUCCGGCGCCGCCGAGGGCAGCUCUGCGGACUUUGACCUGGCCUCCGAGUCGGACAGCGGCGCUCUGUCUGCAGCGGACAUGAGGACCGGCUUCCUGCUGGGGUCUGGAGACGGACCGGCCGCUCUGCCCGGACUGUCAGACCUGAAGCGGGGCUCGGCUCUGGUCGGGUCCGUCCCCUGCGAUGUGGAUCUGGACCCCGGUGCCUCCUGGAGCAGCCAGGCUGUGCCCAGCAUGGUGCCGGUGCCGCACCGCUCCAUGCUGCUGGCGCUUGGCAGCUCCAGGCUCGACCCGCUGGAGCUCAGCCGGUUCUGCAGGGACCAGCGAUUUGCCUGUAGCUACUGCGGAAAAUGCUUCACAUCAUCGCGCAGCCUGGAGACGCACGUGCGCGUGCACACGGGCGAGAGGCCGUACAGCUGCGCGCAGUGCGGGAAGCGCUUCACGCAGUCGGGCCACCUGAAGACGCACCAGAGCGUCCACACGGGGGAGCGACCCUUCUCCUGCGAGCACUGCGGGAAACGCUUCGCGGCCAAGCAGAACCUGCGGAUCCACCAGCAGAAACAUCAUAUGGUGCCGCUUUGACUGGGCCAGAACCGAGCCCAGACCUGCUGACCCACAGACAGGGCUGGCCCAGGCCUUUAGGGACCCAAAGCAGAUUUUCACAUGGGGCCCCCCAUACCAA